UUGGAUGUCUAAGCGAAUGGAAUGACAUUAAUGCUGCCAUGCGAUCCAUAUUUAUAAAACGUGAAAUGUUCUCGUCCGGAUUUUAUGUCCUGUUAUUGAGUGUCCUCGUGUGCCACAGCCUAGUCCAAGUGGGGGGAAAACUGUCCGCGGAGGAAGUGCCGGGACACCCAGGGGGAGUGCAAGUGCUGCCCAGCUCCUGCCGGAAUGCGUUUAAUGGCAGUAGCAGCGCCGGCCCGGAGAUCCGCCUGCCCUUCGUCGACAUACUAAUGCGCCACGAGAUGCCGAUCUUUGUGCUUCGCGAGCCGGAGACGGAUCUGCUGCUCCUGCUCCAUGGACCGGAGAUCCAUCAGCUCCACGUGUCCACCGGCAGGCGGCGGCUGGUACCCCUGGGCGGCCUGGCGGGACGGGUGAAAGAGCGUCCAGCGCUUGGCGUCGAGAUUGUAGCCUGGCGACAGUUCCUGCUACUGGCCCUCGUCCUAGAGGACUCUCUGGAGGUAUACCAACUGCCCAGGGAUCUGCUCCUCUCCGAAGAUCCCUCGACUCAAUUGAACUUUGAGCCGCUGCAGGAAUUCUCGCUGCCCGGCGGAUUCCUGCAGCUGCAUAUCCUCAAGCCCAGUGCGGAAAAGGUGCUCCUACUGGUGGCCUCCAAUCACACCAGGUCGCAGAGCAAGUGCAGAACCUUCGAAUGGCUGGACACGUACUUCAAUCCCCUCGAGGAGAUCACCUUGCCGGCCAUCCGCGUCCUUCAAGUGGUGGGUAACCAGCCGCUGUAUGUAAUUUUUGGUCGAUCCCUGCGAGGAUCGCAGUCACGGAUGGUACUCACCAUUUACGAGCUGGACAAGAUAACUUUGCGCCUGCAGCAUCGCCAGGCCAUGACUGUCCAGGCCCAGACUGUUCACGCAUUCAGAUUCCGCAGCCGGAACCGUCUAAUUGCCUGCAGUUCAUCCGCCUCCGAUCCGUGUCUCUACUUUCGAAUGAUCGAUGGCCAGUUUGUGGUCAAUCGAAAGCAUGCCCGUCGCGAUCUUAGCUUCCGCCGGCUGACAACCACCAAGGGGGGCCAGCUCCUGGUCGGAGCCCGCGCCAAUGGAGAAGUAAUUGUCUUUGGAUCCGCCCGACUGGAUUGCUACUCCGGCUUUGCCAUGACUGGCCAACCAGAUCCUAGUGGCCUGCUCAGUCAUAGGAAUGCAAAGAACGAGAGUUUCCUGCUGCUCGCCUACCACCUAGCCUCCAGUGCCGUGCUGAGGACUGUUCAGCUGGGUCCAGAGUCUGAGGAGUCCGCCAAUCAAGUGGGCGCCACACCGGAUGAAGACCUUACUGUGGUCCAGCUGCAUCGCCAUGAGUUCGAGGAGUCCAUCAAUGGCCUUCGUGGCCUGCUCCUGCGCCGUCGUUCCAGCCUGGCAGCCCUGAGCAAUGUAAUCCAUAUCCUGCAGCAGCGAACUGGUACACAACUUAAUCAGGAACUCCAUCUCCGCAAAGGGGGACAUAUUGAACUUCUCCAACUAGAGGAUGACCACCUGUGUACUCCCUCGCAGCUGAAGCAGCGUCUGGAGCAGCUGCGUCAGAAAUAUAAGAGAUUGGAGCAGGAUAAACAGCAGACAAGGAGAAUGACCCGUUCCUUUGGGGCGGAAAACGACAAUGAAGCCGUGGAAACGCUGAAAGUAAAGCGUCUCCGGGUGGAAAAUCUCAUUUACAGAGGAGUCCUUAUGCCAGGACACAUAUUGGACACAACAUCGAGCCCAGCUCCUCUGUUGACCAUUCAAAAUAGUCCUGUGCUAACCAAGACUCUGCGCACAGAGCAGCUGAUGACCCCGCGGGACUACCAGAAUUCCAGUGAAUCUCAAACGCCGCCACCAGAGGCGGGUGAGCAUCCGGCUGGCACCGAGUGCGUGGUGCGUCACCUUCAAGUGGAACUGAUCAAUGGCGUGUCUUGGCACGACUUUCUCGACUCGCUCUUCCUGCGCAAUCGCGACACUCGCCUCGAGGGUCGCCUCGUCCUGCAGUCAAGAACCAAAGUAGCCGCCAUGCAAACGACCCUUCUCAAUGGACUGGUGGUGGACCAACUGUUCAACCUGCGCCGUGCCCAGGUGAUCAGCUCCAACAUCUACAUGUCAGCCUUCUUUGCGCCGCGCCUCGAAGCCCAGAGUGUGAACGGAAUGGACUUUGCCCAGGACAUAGUCUUUCGCGGAACAGGCAAUGAUACCUGGGUGCAAACUCCUGUUCGCAUCAACCAGAUGAGCGUAUCCGGUGACCUGCAGGUGGCGAAUCGCACGAAGAGGCAGCUGGAUCCGGAGAAGGAGCAACUCCUUCAGCAGUACUACACGGGCAGGAUCACCAUCCGCGGCUCCUUGACUGUUAGGAGUGUGCAACGGGACACGGAGAUCUCCCAGCUGAUGCUGGGCAAUCAGUCGCUGGCCCGGAGUGACCUCCAUGCCCAGUACCUGCUCAAUCAAGCGCCACAGGACAUCUCCAACUUGACCUUUGGUUACGCCAAGGUCAGUGCACAUUCUCUUAACAGCAGUUUCCUGGGUGGACACCCUCUCCAAGAACACCUGCUCAACGGAGGUCAACCCAUUUCCAGCCAAACUCCAAACCGAUCUCUACACAUAAUCUUUAUGAACGCCAGUGUCCAGGGUGACAUUCUGUGCCGGGACUACAGCUCUCGUUUGGCCGAGCUCUCUAGGGAGGCAGUGCGUCAUGGCCAGGAGGCUAAUAUAACGGGACACAAGCGCUUCCAGGCACCUCUCACAGUCCAAACGCUUCAAAGCCAGCAAAUAAACGGAAUGCCGGUAAGCGAGCUGGUUCUCAAAUCGAAUCCCGUCCAGAGUUUUCAAGGAACGAAGCGCUUUGGCCGCCUGGUGGUGUCGGAUGAGGUGCGUGUACAAGAGCACCUAAACGUGAGUCGCCUAAAUGGGCUGCCCAUAGAUCAACUCCUGGGUCACGAUCUGAGCUUGAAGCGCUUGGAACUGACGGACACUCCGCAUCUCAAAAUGCUGCAUUUUCGUCGCCUUAACGGUUUGCCCUUUGACGACCUGCUGUCCAAGAUUUCCGAGGGUGAGGAGCACUCGCUGCUUCUCCUCCGCAAGCAGCUGCUCAUCGAGGGCAGCGUACGCUUCGAGAAGCCACUCCAGCUGCAGACCAUCAAUGGCAUUGAGUGGGACCAAUACCUAAGCCGACUGGUCAGGCUCGAUGCCAAUGCGGAAGUGGGGGGCAGGAAAGCCUUCCAGGCCGGACUCCAGUUAAACGAUGCCCUGCACACGCCGCACAUCAACAAUAUCGACCUGAGCUCCCUGCUGGACAACACCCUGCUUCGGAUAACGCCCCAGGAGAUUGGCGGUGCCUACAGCUUUGGCCGGAUGGCGGCCAGCAAUGUGGAUGUGCCCCGGGUGAAUGGCGUUCCCAGGGAAGAGUUCAUUGACACUCGUAAGGAUGUGAAGCUACAGGGAGAUGUUUACUUGAAGCAGCUGACCAUCAAGGGCAGCCUGAAGUGCCCAAGUGAACCUGGCCUGGGAUUGGAGAAUCUGGAGAAGCGGGUUGAGCUGGUGAAGCAACUUCCCUGGCGGAAUUUGAUAGUCACCGGCGAUGCCCUGUGGGAUGCCGAUGCCAAUGCCGAAGAGCACUCCCAGCUGGAUUAUCUGCGCCAGCACGCUGUUCGGCGGGCGGGCAACCAGAGCAUCACUGGGCAUGUGCUCCUGAGAGCACCUCAAAUGCAGAGGCUCCAAAGCAAGCAACAAUCCCUGCCCACAAAUCUCAAUCUCUCGGAUGUGGCCGAGGAUGCCCUUCUGCGUUGGACGGGCAGCAAUGAAAGCCAGGUGAUAACGGCCAACCACAUGCUACUGGGAACCGUGAGAGCCAGAGCAGUGCACCUGGCAAAGGAUGCACAUUUCGGCCAGGUGAAUGGUAUCGAUAUAAAGCGACUGAAUGCCUCACUCUACCGCCUGUCCAGUGGCGAGGCCAUUGCUGCUAAUCUCCACUUCCUCCAAGAGCCGGAGAUAGGCCGACUUCAGCUGGAGAGGCCAAAGGUGAAUGGAGUUCCGCUUGGUGAGAUCUUCCAGCAGGGCAGUGGCCAAUCCUGGCCCAGGGUAAAGUUCAGGCAACUGCAUGUUAAGCAAUCCCUCAGCCUGGGCACCGUGAACGAGAUGAGCUUGGAUUACUUCCUCCAGCACCGUAUUCCCCUCAAGGGGGCCGCUCUGGAGGUAUUCGGCUCCCUGACCUUUGAGCAACUGCAGCUGGGGAAGCCCCUAUUGCGAACCAUCAACGGCAUUCCGCUGGAUAACCUCGUCCUGAAGCACAGCCGCCAGGUGCAGAGCAUCUCGGGUGCGAAGACCUUCCACGGAGGUGUACAGUUCACGGGACCUGGUCAUGUGAUGAACCUAAAUGGUCGUGAUCUCAGCGAGAGCUACCGUGGCAGCAUCUUCCGGGACAGGGACUACAAUAUCGAUAGCCUGGUGCUGGACAGGGCUCUCUUUUCCGGAGGUCUCGUCCAGCCACAACUAGCACCCCUUCCCAGACCCAAUCAGAUGAGAACGCUGGAGGGGACGCAGGAAGGCAAUCCGCUGCAAGAGUUGCAGGAACUUCUGAGCGUUGGGAACCAAAGCUCCCUCCAUAGGCGGCUGCUCUACCUGGAUCAUGAUUCCGAGACCCUGGCAUCCGAAUGGGUGAAGCCACCGCUCAAGGGCCACGCCGACUUCCUGGUAAGCCUGCCCCUGGGUCAAACAGCUCCCUGCCAGCGUCGGGAGCUAAGGGCUCAGGUCCGGCUCCCCGAGCGCCAGGUGCUCCUAGUCAAUGCCUCCUCCAGCCAGCUGACGCGUAUAACCUCCGGUGAUAUCCGAGUAAAGGUGCAGAAUCACUGCCAUCGCCCGGCCAGGAGGCUGCGCAGCAGGAUCAACAUCAGCUGCCGCAACGAAUCCCACCACCUGGGCAUGCGUCAGCCGGUUGAGGCGUUGCAGUUGCUGGAUCAGGGCCAGGGAUUAGCACUGCUCCUCCUAGGCACCGAGGAGGAGGUACGAGUCUUGCGGCUAAACCAAACCAAUUGUAGUCUCACGGACUGGCAAUCGGUGACACCGGCCGAUGGUCGUUUGAUGAAGGUGCACCGAAUGGGUGGGGGAGAAGGAAAAGCAGGAGGAGAAGGAGAAGAGGACCUAUUGCUAACCAGCGGCAUGGACAACCACCGUCCCGUGGUGGCCAUCCAUUCAUGGGAUCCCGCGGACCAGCGCUUCAAGUUGAUUCAGCUUAUACCUGGCUCCUACGAUUUGGCCGAGUUGCAGGGGGAUCAGCUGCUGGUCACCUGUCCGGGUUGCCGGCACAUAGCCAUCUUCGGUCGGAUCCAGGCAAAGAGCUCUUCCUUUGAGCCCCGCCAGCAGUUGAGUUUCGAGAAGCGUAUCCAGCAAUUGACACCGUUCCGGGUGGGAGAGGAGCAGUAUUUGCUGGUGGUCACCCAGCCGGAGUCGGAGCACUUUUACCUGUUCAAGUACGGCCAGGUGGGAGGCUGGCAGCAGCGCAGUUUUGGCCACAAAAAACAGCAACAGUGGGCUUUUCCUUUGGUAAAAUCUGGCCAAAGAUUGGAGGCCGAGGAGACGCCGCUCCUGCUGCUCUGCGAUGGAGCCAAGGAGUGCAGCCUGGUGAGGGCUUUGCUGGGUUGAGGGAUCCAGGGUUCAUUUUUCUUGUACAUUUUUGUAUAUUAUCGUUAUUAUUGUAUUUGUAUUUAAUGCGUAUAUAAUUCUACCCUUAUGCUAUGUAUUAUAUAUAUGUAAAUAAAUUGUUGAGCAACCCAAGGGA